AUGAUCGAUGACGGUGGACAAGGAUUGACGCUGACCAAUGUGGACGCAACAACGACGGUGGUUGAGAACGGCGACCGAAAAAAGUUUUUCUUGCUUUAUUGGUCAUCACAUUUAACACCUCAUAUAUUGGCUACGGUUUCAACAGGCAAGGAUCAGAGAGAUGCUCCAGGUGGAACUGGAAAAACUUUCUUAAUCAAUUUGAUUUUAGCGAAAGUUAGAAGUACUCACGAAAUUGCCUUAGCUGUAGCAUCUUCUGGAAUCGCAGCAACACUGCUCGAGGGUGGUCGAAUGGCCCAUGCUAUAUUCAAAUUACCACUCAAUCUAACAACUUCGGCCACUCCCUUUUGUAAUAUAUCAAAACAAAAAUUUAGGCAGACUCUACCAGUAGUACCAAAAGGGACCAGAACUGAUGAAGUCAAGUCAUGUCUUAAAAGAUCUACUUUAUGGCCUAAGAUUAAUAUACUCAAACUGUCAAAAAAUAUGAGGGUACACUUGGGAGAGGAAAAGUUUGCUGGUGGAUUUUCAGAUCUUUUACUUGAAAUUGGCAAUGGUGAUUAUCCAUCGUUUGAUGAAAUGAUAACUAUCCCAGAAAAUUUGUGUACAGUUGUAACUACGGUUCAGGAUUUAAUAUCAAAAAUUUAUCCAGAUAUUGCUCAUAUUCAUGAUAAGCCUAUGGAAUGGUUGUGUGAACGUGCUAUACUCACUCCAAAAAUGACCAAGCGGCGGCUAUCAAUGAUACACUGCUGA